UUGUCAAUUUCCCUUUCCCAACAACACCUGACUUACAAAGGAACAAACACUUGUGUCUUCCUUUGUUUGUGACCGUGAUCAAACAUCACUCCAUCAACAUCAAAGUGAUGGAAGCCCUCAACAGCUCUUGCUCCAAGGCCAUGCUAGGAACCCAUGUUCCUAAAUCUGCCUUUCUUGUUUCCAACACCCCAAAAUUCUCCUUCUUCCUCAAUGACAAAAAGGGUUGCGAUUUUGGGUUUCCUAAACUUGUCCAAAACAAGGGUCUUUCUCCACUUCAUGCUGUGCCAUCCAAAACUGUGGAGGACUUGGACAAUUUGGUGCUUCAAUCUGAUCAAGAACAACCAACGAAACCAAAGACUAUUAAUGUCAAAUUUGAGUUACAUCGCAUUUGCAAUUUUGGAGAACAAUUCCUAGUAGUUGGUAAUGAUCCAAUGUUUGGUUCAUGGAACCCUGCGAAUGCCAUACCAAUGACUUGGUCUGAAGGGCAUCUAUGGACUUUAGAGAUGGAAAUACCUACCGGAAAAUUCCAAUUCAAAUACAUUCUGAAGAGAAGAGAAGGUGACAUUAUUUGGCAACCAGGCCCAGAUAGAAUCAUUCACACUUGGGAAGCAAUGAAUAGAAUCAUUGUUCGUGAGGAUUGGGACAAUGCUCAGUCUCAAAAAGUAACUGAGGAUGAUGAAGUUCCCAUCACAAAAGAGGAAGAUCAACCUGCUCCUUCCAAUAACGAAAUGCAAAAGGAGUCAGAAAUGCCAAAUUUGGAUAGUCCAAAAGAGAAGUCGAAAUCCAAUGCUACCAAAGUGAUGAAAAGCAAAUGUUGAACCCGAAUUGCUCAAUUUUGUUUCCUCGAACACAAAGUAUGAUCUACUAGUAGAAUGAAAGCUCUGGUUAUUUUCAGUUUGGCAUUGCCAUUCCGCUGAUACUACUCAUUAUUAGUAAAAAUAAGUUUUCUUUUAUUGUAUGGCCUUAUAUGUUAAUCAAUGAAAUGAUUUUUUAUUUGUUCA